GGAGCUCCUCGCAGAUGAGCACUCAGGGGGCGGAGCUCCAGACAGUUGAGCGCUCAGUGGGCAGAGCUCCUCACAGAUGAGAGUUCAGUGGGCGGAGCUCCUCACAGAUGAGUGCUCUUCCUCAUGUGAAUUCAUAACUUCAGAAGUAGUUCUCCCCUUGAAGCUUUAUUUACUCUCCUGCUGCACAUAUAGGGCAGAGCUCCUCACAGAUGUGAGUUCAGUGGGCGGAGCUCCUGACAGACUAGAGUUAGGAGGCGGAGCUUACAGACGGUCAUUGAUCAGACAGACGGCAGCAGGACAGCAGGUGUUAAAGAAGAUGAUGGAUUCUGUCACAGGAUUGAUUUCUGGGGCGGCAGGGGGCGGAGCUCAGGCGAAUGAGGAUGUGGAGGAAGGGGGCGGAGUCCGGCGACGAGCCCCGCCCGUUGAGCUGAAGCUGGUCCCUCUGGAGGAGGGGUCAGAGGUCACGCUGAACAGUGACAUCACCAGCGCACUGAUGCUACAGCAGCAGAUAGACCGCAGGAAAGCAGCCGUCUACCUGACACUGAGCGGCCUGCUGAUCUUCACCACAGCGUUCCUGCUGGGAUACGUGGCGUUCCGUGGAAUGUGUCGUCUGUGCGGGAACGACGGCGAUCUGAUUCCUCUGAGCGACGCGGCGGGAGCUCAACACUCGGCCGAGGGAGGCGUCAUGUACAUGGCAGAGCUCCGAGAGAUGCUGAAGAAGUACCUGAAGGAGGAGAGGAUCGAGGACACACUCAGGCGUGUGAGUCGGGCGUCUCAUCCUCCGGGGUCCUCAGAAGGAAACGCGGUGGCCAGAGAAAUCCUGCAGAACCUGCAGAACCUGCGCAUGGAUCACACCUGGACCGACUCGCACUACGCCACGCUGCAGUUUCCCUCCAGGACGCAGCGGAACACGCUCUGGUUGGUGGAUUCCGAGGGGGCGGAGCUCGAGGAGAUUCCGCUGGACAGCGAGGGAUACUGCGCCUACAGCGCCACGGGAACGACCACGGGAGGCGUUGUGUACGUGAACUACGGCCGGCGCGAGGACUUCGAUCAGCUGCGUGCGAUGGGCGUCGCCCUCAACGGCUCCAUCGCCGUGGCGAGGGUGGGAGGAGCCGUGAGCUUCGCCGAGAAGGUGUGGCUUGCGCAGGAGGCGGGGCUUGUGGGCGUUCUCAUCUACCCCGACCCCGCCGACGUCCCGCAGGAUCCACGGCGACUCGGUCUCCAUAGCGACGCAGUCAUCUCUGAACACGUGCAUCUGGGCUCCGGUGACCCGUUCACACCUGGGUUUCCCUCCUUUAACCACACCCAGUUCCCUUCCACCCAGUCCUCAGGCCUGCCAAUCAUCCUGGCUCAGCCAAUCAGCGCCAACGUCGCUUCCAAACUGCUGAGUCAGUUGUCUGGCGCUGGUUGUCCGCGAGGCUGGCAGGGCCGUUUACCAUACGUUCAGUGUGUUUUGGGGCCGGGCUUCACGGGGCCCGGCGAGCGCAGGGUGAAGAUGGCCGUCUAUAACACCAUGAAGCCGGUGCUGCUCAAUAACAUCUUCGCCUCCAUCGAGGGCAAAGUCGAACCCGAUCACUAUAUCAUCAUCGGGGCCCAGAGGGACUCGUGGGGCCCCGGAGCCGUGAAGUCUGGAGUGGGAACGGCCCUCCUGAUGGAGCUAGCCAGAACCUUCAGCAACAUGGUGGAAAACGGCUUUUACCCCAGACGCAGUUUGCUUUUCGUCAGCUGGGAUGGAGGAGAUUUUGGGAAUGUUGGUGCCACCGAGUGGCUGGAGGUCAGAACCGCACUCAAAUACUAUAGAUAGAUAGAUAGA